CUCCGCCUGACAGAGCAAGUGCCGCUUUCAUGGAUCAUAUGAAUCUUCAUCUAAAAAUAGUUUACUUGCGCAAAAACACCACCGCCUGUGUGGAGUAACAUCCCACCGUGUGUGUGGCAAUGCUGAACUGACCCUAAUAUGGAUUUAACUGCAGCCAGACAGACAUUUUAUGGAGAUAUCGGGUUCUGGGCGGACAGGACUCCCGUUCAUGAGGCCGCUUCUUUAGGCCGAGUCCUGCAGCUCAGGCAGCUGCUGGACAGCGGCGCGUCGGUCAACACAGUGACGGUGGACAACAUCACUCCUCUGCACGACGCCUGCAUUCAGGGCCAUCCGCAGUGUGUCCGCAUGCUGCUGGACGCCGGAGCGCAGGUGGAUGUGCGAAACAUUCAUGGCAGCACCCCACUCUGCCAUGCUUGUGCAGCGGGCAGUGUGGAGUGUGUGGGGCUGCUUCUGGAUCAUGGAGCCUCAGUCAACCCCUCCCUCACUGCGCUCACAGCCUCCCCACUCCACGAGGCCUGCAUACGAGGUAAUCCAGAGUGUGUGAAGCUGAUGAUAUCAAAGGGAGCGCUGCUGGAGGCCUUUGACAUUUACUUUGGGACGCCGCUGCAUGCAUCCUGUGCUAAAGCGCAUCUGGACUGCGCCCUGCUGCUGCUCAAUGCAGGUGCCAAGGUGAACGCCAUAAAGUUCCAUGAGACGGCCCUCCAUCAUGCAGCGAAAGUGGGGCGACCUGACCUGAUCGAGCUGCUGGUGGAGUUUGGGGGUGACGUUAAUGUUACAGAUAACCUGGGACGCAAACCCAUAGACUACACCACUCCUGGCUGUCCAUCUCACAUCUGCCUACAGCACUAUGAGAGUACUCCACUGUCUCUGCAGCAGCUGAGCCGUAUUGUAUUGAGAACAGUGCUGGGCACCAGAGCACCGCAGGUUGUGACUAAACUGGACCUAUCACAGCGCAUUAUCAACUACCUCUGCUACAAACGAUAAAAAUGAACUGCUUUAUGUGUCUUAUUUUCUUGUUAUGGAUAAAGGGUCUCCAGUCUUUUCCGCAAAGGGCUGCUGUGGCUACACAUUUUCAUUCCAGUCAAGCAGAAGUGGAUCUUUGUUCCUCUUUAUCAAUGAGUUGAUCUGAAUCUUCAAACAGCUGAAUAGCUAUGUGAACUGUUCUCCUGCUUGGCUCAAAUGAAAACCUGCCAUUUUCAGAGAAAAUCAGAGCAUCCUGUGAAUAAAGCUAAACAUCGAGAUAAACUUCCAGUAAAGGUCAGAAAAACGCUGGUCUGGGUUGAUUUUAUGAGACAGUAUUGUCACCAGCUGCUAAGAGUCUUAAAAUAUUGUGCAAAUAAUAUUUUGUUGCUGAUAUUGUUGUAAUAAAAAUACUUUUUUUUUU